GAAGCUUUUGUUUUGUUUUUGCCAUGGAUUCUCUUUCUUCUUCUUCUACUUCGACAAAGAUGAAGAACAACAACAAGCUCUCUGUCAGAAACCAAACCCGUUUCAAGAAACCGUUCUUGUUGUUAAGAGAGAAGACCAUUCUCAAGAAAGCGUUAGAGCUCUCUAUUCUCUGCGAAAACGAAAUAUGUGUCAUCCAUUACGAUCGUGAAGGAAAUCUCGUCAACGCUUAUCCCGAGGAUCAGUGCCAAGUAAAAGACAUUCUCCAGAGGUAUAACAGAUUAAGCGACAGAGAAAAAGUCAAGAAAAACACAAAUCUUUCGCAGUUCUAUAACAAGAAACUCGUUGACGAGAAGAGGAGAUCUCUUACCGACGCAGAGGAACGCAAAAGGUUCACAAAGAAAGUUGGAGCGUUCAAGGGUUCCUUGGAGGAUAAGUUACAGAUAGUAAAAGACAGGGUUCGUGACCUUCUUUAUUCGCAGACAGGUUCACAAUCAUUCACGAAUCUUCUCAUGAGUGGUGAUCAUGUGUCAGCAAGUAGCGAUCAAUACCUCCUGGGCCCUGCUUCUUGCGCAACUGAUGCGUCCAACCACGAGAGCAAAUUCUCAGUCUUUCUGUUUAACCAUGAAACGGCUACUUUCACUCAACUUCCCAACUCUGCUUCUUCAAGCUUCGACCAAGGGUUGAUUGGCACUUACUGAUACAAAUA